AUGGCGUUCGUGAACAACUAUAGACCGCCAACCCCACCCAAGCUUGAUCUUUCUCUUAACAAGGAUAAACCCUAUUCCAUCAACUGCAAUAUCGAUCUUCCAAAGGUUCUUGAGACGGACCGUGUCCAACUUGUACCAUUCAUCCCUUCUCUCCACGCAGAAUCGGUAUAUGAGACUAUAUCCUCAAACCCCCAAAUUGAACGGUUCUUGCCAAUUUCAUGGCCCACCCUAGAGUCCUUCCUCACCUUUAUUGAAACCUUUAUCCGCCAACAAUACGACACGGCAUUGUUCACUAUAAUUGACAAAACCAGAACCCCCGCAUCAGGACCCAAUAACCAUGUUACCAACGGCAGGAUUGCAGGGCUCAUCGGGUGGCUGCACGCGUCGCCUCAAAAUCUUUCGGUAGAAAUCGGCCCUGUCAUCGUUUUUCCCGAGUUUCAAAGGACGUUCGUGUCGGCAAACGCUAUCGGGCUGCUUUUGCGCUUUUUCUUGGAUCUCCCCGCACAAGGAGGGCAGGGCUUUCGUCGCGUAGUUUGGUGUGCAAGUCCGGCGAAUGAGGCAAGUAUUGCUGCUGCAGAGAAAAUGCAAUUCGUAAAGGAGGGUGUCACGCGGUGGUUGUGGAUCCUUCCGGAGGGCAAGGAAGGCGGAAGACCUGUAGAUGGGACGAGGGGUGCAGGACCAGGGAGAGAUAGUGUUGUUUUAUCGUUGUGUUGGGACGAUUGGGAGGCUCAUGCGAGAGAUGAAGUCACGAAACGAAUGGAACGCGUAUAA